GCUUGUACGAGUUCAGUUCGGGCUACAGAGUUGCGUGAAGCAAGGAAGAAAAACGAGGAAUCCAGGAAAAGUACACCCAAGUUUGUCAUGGCUGCGACGGUGUGGACAGGCCGUACUCGGCAGGCAGUGACAACCCUAGGGAUGGUGACAAGAGCCAGUCACUCAGCUGUCAAGUCCCACUACGACGCGGUGAUCAUCGGAGGAGGACACAAUGGACUGGUAGCGGCAGCCUAUCUGCAGAAAGGUGGGCUGAAGACAGCAGUUCUGGAACGCAGACAUGUUCUGGGAGGGGCGGCAGUGUCGGAGGAAAUCAUCCCAGGUUUCCAUUUCUCCCGGUGUUCCUAUCUCCUCAGCCUGCUCAGACCACACAUCUUCAGAGACCUGGAGCUCAAGAAACAUGGACUGAAGUUGUACAUGCGGGACCCCCAUGCCUUCACCCCAAUGUUGGAGGGGGGGGUAGGGGGUCUCCCCCCUCGGUCUCUACUGCUGGGCUCAGACCUGGCCAUGAACCAGAGGGAGAUCGGCAAGUUCUCUGAGACAGACGCCAAGGCGUACCCAGAGUUUAUAACCCACCUGGAUAAGUUAGCGGUGGCCAUCCACCCCCUCCUCGACUCGCCCCCAGUAGACAUCGCGGGGUUAACCGGGGGGGCCCUGAGGAGGAGGAUGGCAGCACUGAGGAGUGCCUUGCCCCUUGUCCAAUGUGGCUUGAAACUGGGCAAGAACAUUCCAGACUUCUAUGAGAUCAUAACUGCACCAAUAAUGAAGAUCCUGAACCGUUGGUUUGAAUCUGAGCCUCUUAAAGCCACACUGGCUACAGAUGCUGUGAUAGGAGCUAUGACCAGCCCUAACAGCCCUGGCAGUGGGUAUGUCCUCCUUCAUCAUGUGAUGGGGGAGCUGGAGAAGGAGAAGGGAGCGUGGGGUUAUGUGGAGGGGGGCAUGGGAGGGGUGUCCAAGGCCAUUGCUAGCUCUGCCCGCUCCCACGGAGCGGACAUCUUUACUGAACAGGAUGUGCAUCAGGUCUUGGUUGGGUCAGAUGGCAGUGCCAAGGGGGUGGUCCUGAAGGAUGGCACAGAAAUCUACAGCAGAGUGGUACUGUCCAACGCUACACCCUACGUCACCUUUAAAACACUCACCCCUCAGAGUGCUCUUUCUCCAGCGUUCAUCAAAGCUGUAGAUCAGAUAGACUACACCUCCCCUGUCACUAAAAUUAAUGUGGCAGUGGAUAAGCUUCCUAAUUUUUUAGCGGCCCCCACACCAGACGGCAAGCCUGGCCCACACCACCAGUGUUCUAUCCACCUCAACUGUGAGAGUGUGGAGGUGUUACAGACAGCCUACGAAGACUGCAAGGAGGGACGGCCUUCGUUCAGGCCCAUGAUCGAGAUGACCAUUCCAUCGGUGUUGGACCCAACUCUGGCGCCACCUGGUAGUCAUGUGGUGUUACUGUUCACCCAGUUUACACCAUAUAGUCUGGUGGGAGGGAGAGCGUGGACAGACCAGGACAGAGAGGCCUUUGCAGACUCCGUAUUUAGCUGGAUUGAGCAGUAUGCCCCUGGGUUCAAAUCCUCCAUUGUUGGCAAAGACAUCCUGACUCCCCCUGACCUGGAGAGGAUAUUUGGCCUAACUGGAGGGAAUAUCUUCCACGGAGCAAUGUCAUUGGAUCAGCUCUACCUCGCUCGACCUCUGCCCUCCCUUUCAGACUACCGUUCACCAAUCAAAGGGCUUUAUCUUUGUGGCAGUGGCUCCCAUCCAGGUGGUGGAGUGAUGGGGUCUCCAGGGUGGAAUGCUGCUCUGGCUGCCAUGGCUGACCUGAAACGUGGCUGAAACCUUAACCCGCUCUGACGGGAUUGCAGGGCGGGAGAUUUGGACGUCCAUGCCAAUACCUUAACACGGCCCUCCCAGUUGAAGGGGCUUCAUAGCCCGGUGCACCGUUUGGGCAGUUUUUAAAUUUAGGAAUACUGAAAUGAUUUCCAAUGUGAAAACUCUUCCCACCCGGUGCCCUUGGUUAGCUAAAAUUAACACUCUGUUUCUAGAGGAACGAUCUCAGAUCCACAAACCUGAACUCUCAAUGAAGAAGCACAGAUCUCAAUCCAUUUCCAUCCACUUGUAUGGUACUGUGACACCAUGACACACACAUAUUUUAUUAAACAUUCAACUGAUUCUGACUAAUGACAUCCCAAAGUGAAGCUAAUUCAAUCCUUAAGCAUACUAGAAUUGUAGAAUAGAACACUAUAAGGAGUUGAAUUCUGGAAUAGAACAUGAAUGACUUAACAAAAGCUCAAACUCAAAAGCUCUCAGCCUAAUUGAAGAAAAGAAUGUGCACUCCACAUCAGUGUUUCCCAACUGUACCCCCAACAGCACACAUUUUUGUUGUAGCCUUGAAGAAACACACCUGAUCAACUCAUAGAGGGCUUGUUGAUAAGUUGACAAAUUGAUAAGGGGGCUUUAUCCAGGGCUACAUUUGGGGGUACUGGAAUUGGUAUACACUGCUCUACGUGACACACACACAAUUAAUAUUCUGCAAAAAAACAAAAAAAACAAAAACAUAUCAAAGAGGUAAACAAAACAGAAGUAAUAGUAUGACAUCAAUUACUGUUUUGAUUGUGUUAAACAUUGAAAUGCAUGUGGGUUUUGUGAAUAAAACUUACCAGAGGAAUCUUUAAAAUCUAUUUCUAUUGCUUAAACAUUUUAUGAACAUUGCACAAAAUUAAUCUAGCUGAAAUGACAUGCACAUGUGUUUGUCUCUUUGCCAGUGUCAUUCUGUCUUAAUUUAAUAUUCUGGUCCAAAUUAAAACCAUGUUUUCAGAUUGACAGAA